GGUAAAUAGUGGUAAGUGGAGGAGAAAGGUCAUUGUGACAUAAGCAAAAGUUUCGGGGAUUUAGCAGAAAUCUGUCUACCCGAACGAAAACCCAAAGGGGCGCAGCCGUCACAAAACCUGGCCUAUCAUCUUUCCUUCGCACAGCGCAGACCUAAAGGAAUUUUGGGAAAUUGAUGGCGUCCAAGAUUCAACAACUGCAAUCUCAAGCAUGCCAAGCUUCAAAAUUUGUUGCCAAGCAUGGUACUGCCUACUACAAACAGUUGCUGGAGCAGAACAAGCAGUACAUUGUGGAGCCAGCCUCUGUUGAAAAGUGCAACGAAUUGUCCAAGCAGUUACUCUACACUCGUCUUGCCAGCAUUCCUGGCCGUUACGAUGCAUUUUGGAAGGAGCUUGACUCUGUCAAGCAAAUGUGGAAGAAUAGGAAGGAGUUGAAGGUUGAAGAUGCUGGAAUUGCUGCUUUAUUUGGUUUGGAGUGCUUUGCAUGGUAUUGUGCUGGCGAGAUAGUAGGAAGAGGGUUUACAUUUACUGGUUACUAUCCUUGAAAAUAUCAGCUAUGAAAUUCAUUGGGCAAAUUGACCACUUGUAAGGGCUCGCUCGUUAUUAGGAUGAUUUGAGUGACAGGAAAUCCAUACAAGAUUUUGUUCCCCCCAAACAGUUUUUGAAGCUGCAAAGUCAGUGUUUACAAUUAUGUCAGCAAAUAAUCUGCCCAUUCUGUCUUCUUUUUCCCACUUCAAUGAAGUGGCUUAGAUUGAACUUUGUAAUAGCGAAUUUAAAUUUCCUCAGUUCACUGUUACCUGUGACAGUAUUCGUUGUUAAUUCCUUCGAGCCUGAUGUUUUGCAUAUCCAUGAUUCAGAUUGAAAUAUCUGUUGGUAAUGUGAAAGUUAUAUUGGUAUUUACAGCACA